ACUUCACCUCCAUUCUCCCCUCAUUCUCUCCAGACUUUGCUCUCUUCCAAUCAUCUCCGCCCUUCUCACUCUCUCCUCUACAAUGGCUGCCACACGCAUGUUUGCCCCUAAGGUGGCCUCCCUCAUGGGCUCAACCUCUGCUAAGGUUGCCCGCCCUAUCCUUCGCAGCAGCGUCAAGGCCAAUGGCUCUCAACGGGCCUUCUCUGGCGUCUCAUCUGGCAUCCGCUCCAAUGCCCCCUUCCAAACCCUGAAGCGUCAACAAGCAUCUCAAAUCCUCAAUGCCACCACCCGCAACAUCAUGGGCCGUCAAACCGUCCGCCCAUUCUCCUCCGAAAUCGCCACAGCCAUGGUCCAAGUCUCCCAAAACUUGGGUAUGGGCUCAGCAGCCAUCGGUCUCGGUGGUGCCGGAAUCGGUAUCGGCAUGGUGUUCGCAGCUCUCCUGAUGGCCGUUGCCCGCAACCCAAGCAUGCGAGGACAACUCUUCGCGUACGCUAUUUUGGGUUUUGCCUUCGUUGAGGCUAUCGGUCUGUUCGAUCUCAUGGUUGCCAUGAUGUGCAAGUACGUGUAGAUUCAUAGAUGGGAACGGCACCGGCAUGAGAUGAUUGUAGGAGAAUAGAAGGGUGCAAAAUAGACAUAGAACAUAGACGGCACGGGCAUAAAAUAGACUGUACAGUACUGUUCUAGAAGCAUUAGAUUCAUGAAUGCAUAUUAGCGGAUAGGUUUCACACAUGGGAAUAGAA